UAUUACAUAUAUAGUGCGAGAGAGAAAGAAGAAAAAAAAAACACCGAGAAAAUCACGAAAAAUCGAGAUCAUCAUGGGGUUGUUCAAGGUGGCGGGGGCGUCGGAGUACCUGGCGAUCACCGGAUACCGAAUCGACGACAUCAAGCUCGCGAAGAAGGCGUGGCUCCUCCCGGGGCAGUCGUGCACGCGGUUCGACAUCUCGCCGGUGAACUACACCUUCGAGGUGCAGGCGAUGAGCGCCGAGAAGCUGCCCUUCAUCCUCCCCGCCGUGUUCACGAUCGGCCCCCGCGCCGACGACGAGGAGAGCCUGCUCAAGUACGCGAAGCUGAUUUCGCCGCACGACAAGCUGUCGAACCACGUGAAGGAGCUGGUGCAGGGCGUCAUCGAGGGCGAGACGCGGGUGCUCGCCGCGUCGAUGACCAUGGAGGAGAUCUUCAAGGGGACCAAGUCGUUCAAGGAGCAGGUGUUCGAGAAGGUUCAGCUCGAGCUCAACCAGUUUGGGCUGAUCAUCUACAAUGCGAAUGUGAAGCAACUAGUCGACGUCCGGGGCCACGAGUACUUCUCGUACCUGGGGCAGAAGACGCAGCAGGAGGCGGCGAACCAGGCGAAGGUGGACGUGGCGGAGGCGAGGAUGAAGGGGGAGGUGGGGGCCAAGGAGAGGGAGGGGCAGACCAAGCAGAACGCAUCCAAGGUCGACGCCGAGACGAGGAUCUACACGACGCAGAGGGACGGGGAGGGGAAGAAGGAGGCGGUGCGGGUCGCGACGGACGUGAAGAUAUACGAGAACAAGCGGGAGGCGGAGGUGGCGGAGGCGAACGCGGAGCUGGCCAUGAUGAAGGCCGGGUGGGAGCGGCAGGCCAAGGUGGCGGAGGUCGAGGCCGCCAAGGCCGUCGCCAUCCGCGAGGCCGAGCUGCAGAUGGAGGUCGAGCAGAAGAACGCGUCGCGGCAGACCGAGAAGCUCAAGGCCGAGAACCUCAGCAAGGCCAUCGUAGACUACGAGAUGAAGGUGCAAGAAGCGAACUGGGAGCUGUACAAGAAGCAGAAGGCGGCGGAGGCGAUGUUAUACGAGCAGGAGAAGGCGGCGGAGGGGCGCAGAGCUACGGCGGAGGCCGCAUUCUACGGCCGGCAGAAGGAGGCGGAGGCGGAGCUCUACGCAAAGACCAGAGAAGCCGAGGGGCUGGUAGCGUUGGCGAAGGCGCAGAGCACGUACGUGUCUUCGCUGCUCGGCGCGCUCGGCGGGAACUACAACGCCCUGAGAGACUACCUGAUGAUCACCAACGGAAUGUACAGGGACAUCGCGAAGAUCAACGCCGAGGGGAUCCGGGGGCUGCAGCCGAAGCUGAGCGUCUGGACUAACGGUAGCGGCGGCGAGGGCGAGGGCGGCCUCGACGGAGGGGCGAUGAAGGAAGUGGCGGGGGUCUACAGGAUGCUGCCGCCGCUGCUGAAGACGGUGAACGAGCAGACCGGGAUGCUGCCGCCGCCGUGGAUGGGAUCGCUCGAAAACCACUCGGAUUAAUAAGUGAUAAUAAUAAUAUAUGAAGCUUAAUUUAGUUGUUAUUCUUAGUAUUAUUAAGCAUAAAAGUAGUGUGUUUAGUUAAUUAGUUUGUGAUUAAUAUUAAGCAUAAAAGUAGUGUGUUUAAUUAGUUUGUGAUUAAGGCUUUUGUUUUUAUUUAUAUGUUGGGAUGUUUUAUGAUUAAGUAUGCUUUGUGGGAGUUUUAUGACAAUUGUAA